AUGCAAUGCCACUGGAGAGCUGUGGGCGCUUACAUUUCUCGACAGGAGAAAUGUGAUCCGAUUCCAGGCUCUCAGACGUGGCGAAAAGCCAAGAAAAACAGCAAGACGUGUGAGGGAAAGACGUUUUCCUGCACCCGUGGCUGCAAAUACAUCGUGGAGCAGGACACGUGUGAUGAAUGUGAAGGGCACAAUGUGACUCAGAUAUCUCCUGCACAGGAGGUUGAUGAUUAUCAGAACAAGCAGAACAGCAAGUUUCGCAUUCCUACCGGUGCGGACAGCUACGGUUGGGGCAUCAGAGGAUGCACCAAGAAAAAUUCGGUGCUUUGCUAUGACCAGGAGCGCAAGAAGGUUUGCUGCUGCAACUUAGGCUACAACUUUGAUUUCCAGACACGCGAAUGCGUUGAAGACAGUGAGGAUCCAGCGAACAAAGAGGAAGCCAUUCCUGGAAGCCAGCUGUGGGGCCGAAUGAAGAAGAAGGGCUCUGCGGACAAGUGCGUGAAAGAGCAAUCGAAAUGGUGCUGCCACCGUUCUUGCUCCUACGAGUUGGACAAAGAUAAGUGUGGCCGCUGCGAGAAUUACGACCAAAAGCCUCCAACCACGGUAGCGCAGAUUGUUUUGGACUGGGAGAAAACCAAUGGAGCUUACCUGAUUCCACCCUCCAUUGACAAACCUGGCCUGUUUGGUGGCUGCAGCACGAAGAACUCCCACAAGUGUGUCGCGCAGUAUUCGUCCGCAAAGCAUUGCUGUUGCAAAAAAGGCUUUGUUUGGUCAUUCGAGACCCGGCUCUGCGCGGCAGCAGCUCAAGUGCAACAAGAACAGCAACAACAAUAUCAGGAAAUGCAGUCGUAUGACCAAGCCGCUGCCUCCGACCAAUCUCAUCAGGGUCCCCCUCCGCAACCACCAGCACCAGCACCGGAGGGACAAAGCGCGGGGGGCAACGCCGAGACAAAGCAAGCGGCGACCAUGGCGGCAAAGACUGCCAUGAAGGCUGGCGGCUUCGGCGCUGCUGCGCCUCGCAGUCUGGCGCUGUUGGUGCCAAUGCUUACAUUCUCACUGCUGAGAGGUCUUUGGCUCGUGUGA